AUGAAUGCGAUCGAGCAGUCCCCCGAGCAGUCUCCCGCGCCGAAUGCGCUGGCGCAUUUGACCAAGGUUCCGAUAGCUCAGCUGUCACCCGACCUUGAACAAUUGGCUGCAAAGUCUUUUCUUGCAGCUAUAGCACUUGUGUGGCCAUACUCCUCUUCGACCAAGUCUGUGAGCCUUCUGUUAGUGGAGCCGGAUUUCCGCCUGAGGGGUGCCAAAGGACAAAUCAAGGUCACCUUCCAUGGACACGUCGCAGAAAAGGUCGCAGAAUCGCAUGUGGGAAUCGGGGAUACGGUUUGCCUGGCCUUGAAGCACACCAAGUUUGUCAGCAACGAGGGCGCCCAGCAAACCCCGGGAAGGUCUGUCGCGUGGGAUGCGCACUUUGAGAAUAGCGCGUCUCUCGAGAUCUACCGAUCUGCCCCACCCCCGUUGAUCAUAUCGGUUGAGCCGCAGGCGACAGCACCGCAUGAAAACGAACCCGCACUGCCUACAACUCCUAUUGGGAAAUCAAUCAAUUCCGACCUCGACCUGCCUUAUAGUGCACGCGCCUGGGGAUCACCGGCAUUCCUCAAGAGUACUCGAGUCUCGUCCGGAGGAACAAUCCGUUCCGCUUUUGAUCCUUUUGCGGAAGAAGAUGGUUUUGUGCCAGGGAAAGGAAGGAAAAAGCCGAGGUACAGCUUCCACAGGGAAGAUUGGCGUGUUAUCAACGAACCAGAAAGCCCCCAUGACCAAGAAGCCCCUGUGGAUUGGGAACAGGCUUUGGAUCAAUCUAUUGACCAAGAGCUCGACGAGGCAGAUUCGGCGAGUGGGCCUUCAGACGAACCAAUGACAGAUGCUGCCCAAGCUCCAAAACACACAGAGGAUGCACCACAAGAGCCACUUGCGGUGUUUGCGAAGCCUUCCCUUGAAUUGACUGGGAGUAUCCUUGAAAGAAAUGCCGGCGAGGCAAAUGUCGUGUCUAAACAAGGUGAUACAUAUGGAACACCUUCUCAUCUGCCAACGGACACACCGCAGAUUCGACCCAUCCCUUCCCCGGGGCUCCCGAUCCCUUCGCCCAUUGUCUCUAAUCCCCCUGGCUCGGCUGGCUAUUUCCUGCCAUCAACCGCGCCUCCGCAGCCCCAAGAGGUUCGAUCUCUUGCAGAAAAGGACACCAUAGCGACGCCCGCAGCAUCUUCCAUGGAGACACAUGAUAUAGAAGCCGUCGAUUCCAUUCACACAGAGACAGUGGAACUAGUCAAUCCGGAUGUUGAGGCCUUCCAGCAGGAACAUGUCUUGGAUGCCGGUUUUGUCUUCCGGGAUGAUUUGGCAUCAGAUCCAGGCUCAGGCGGCUUGUCAGAAGAACAGGAAGUGGAGACGAUCGACUCCUCCAAAGUUAUCGAGGAAUCAGAUGUCGCUGAAGUUGACGUAGUCAUGAAUACUGCCGGUGACGAAGCUCGAAUGUCAAAUGAAGCAGAGCAAAAGCAUGCUUUGGAUGAUAUUAACCAGCCCCACGGUCAUCCAGCAUCACUUACGGGCUCGGAGGGUGAAUCGGACCUUGAAUCGGCUGCCGCCCAAGCUGCUACUGGUACCGAAAAUGCCGUCGUCGACGAUCAAACAUCAACUAAAACAGAUGACGAACGUCUCAUUGAUGUCAGUUACCUAUGGCGCGAUGAGUCAGCAUCAUCUUCGCGCUCGAGGGAGGGCUUGGAAGAUGGAUCGCUCGAAUCCUCCGAAGGGAUUGAUGGAUCAGAUAUUGUUCAAACUGAGCUCGGCAUCGAAACUGCCAGUGAUAAUGUGGAAUCUUCUCAAUAUCCGACUGGGUCUCAUGGCGAGGAACAUGCUGGGCCAGAGACUCAGUCAGUCAACUAUCCACAACCUGCCUCCACAUUUGAUCAGGAUGCGAUCGAUGUACUCGAAAAAAUGAUAGCCGCUCGAGAGGAGGAAAACGAAAGGAAGGAAGACAUGGAAGAGGAAAAGGAAAUCGAAGAUGAUAUCGAGCGUUCACCCAGUCAUGAAUACAGUGAAGGAAAGGAUGAAGAAGUGUACUAUGAGGAGUCAGUGGAAAACUACGAUUCCCAAUGUGAAUAUGAAGAGGACGAGGAGGAUUUCCAUUCUGAUCCUCGUUUGGAAUCACGGUCACGGUCGGACCAAGAUGACUUCAGUGUCAUUGAAUCCAGUGAUGAAAAGUUUGAGCAGGAACAGAACCUCCCUUCGCAGCCGGGAAGUCACGACGUAAUCGUGCUGGACAGUGACAGUGAUGAUGAGGCUGCCUCCAACGGUCCGGUAGCCUCAGUUUCUCGGUCAGCAGAACGAGAUGAUCACUCAGACCGCUUUGAAUCUGGACAUCCAGCUGUCCCUCCAGCUACAGCCGAUUUUGCAACUGGUGUACAAGAAUAUCCAGAACCGUGGUCAGUCGAUCCAGAGGAUGGCCAUCACGAAGAUGUGGAAAAAGAUUCCGAUAUCGAUGAGCGCCAGGAGAGCGAAGCGAGCGAAGAGAGCGAAGAGAGCGAAGAGAGCGAAGAGAGCGAAGAGAGCGAAGAGAGCGAAGAUGGCGAUGAGUGCGAAGACGAUCAACAGGACGAUCGAGUUCACGACAGUGACAUGGAUGACGACCAGUCGUCCCGAGACUACGAUGAAACGGACCAUCCAUCUGUAGUGGCAUCACCAAGUCCUGAGGAGGACGAAGAUGAAGAUGUGGAAGAUGUGGAGCUCAUAGAAGAAGCUGACAAUGACGAAUAUCAUGCUGCGGCCGAACUCGACACACAGAUUGAAGUGUCAAUUGGUCGGGGCUCUGACGAAGAGCAAUCAGCCAAUGCUGAUCCAAACCUGCUUGAUAUGCCUGGAUCUCAUCAUCAAGGCCCAUCCUCGGAAGUCGAAAGUCAUGCUAAGCAGUAUCUCACUGGAGACGGACAAUCUGAUCUGCAUAUUCCUUCAUCUACUGGAAAUAUUAUGGCCUAUUUUCCGUUGAGCCAUGAGCCGGCUGUCGAAGGACCCGAGCCCGUUGGCGGUCGAGUCUCGCCCUCCAUUAGGCCUCCAUUGGAGCAACAACUCUUAACCCCCGACCCCGCCCAAGAAAAUGCAUCCGCGCGUGAACUAGUAACUUCAUUCACGGUCGAUGAAAAUGAAGCUCCUACUGGUCUGGAUAAAACUGUGCAUCCUGUUGGCUCCCCGGGGUCAGACCAAGACGAAGGUAUCGGGGCAGAACCCAUAAAAAGUAUCCAACAAGAGACACACGUUGACGGAACUGAUGAUGCCAUGGCUCCUUCGGAACUCGCUGAAGCCGUGGAACGCCCAACAACGCCUGAACAGGGCCGCUCUGUGGAGGUUGUGAUCAACACUGAAUCUCCAAAAGCACCAGCAGCUCCCGUUUCACAGCCCCCAGUCCCCGACCGUAAUGCAUCCGGCCUACGGAGCAAGCUUUCUUACUUCGCCCCGCUUGCUACACUCAUCGAUCAUUACAAUGCGUUAGUCGAUACCAUCUCAAUCGUGCAGGAGGCUUCGCCGAUAACCCGAGCCAAAUCCGGUUCGAAAGACUGGUUCAUGACUAUUCAACUUACCGAUCCCUCCAUGGCUGGCACGACUCUGCGUGCUCAGAUUUUCCGGCGCUACAAGGCCUCGAUGCCGUCAUUGGUGGAAGGUAACGCCAUUCUCUUACGCGACUUUAAAGUCCGGAGCCUCGAUCACACCGUUAUGCUUGUCAGUGUCGAUUCCAGCGCGUGGGCAGUAUUCGACGGUUCGGGUCCCGAUGCCGAGACGACCGGACCCCCCGUCGAAUAUGACUCGCAGGAACGUGCCUACGCGUCUGGCUUACGUCGAUGGUACGAUGAAGUUGGCUCGGAUAGUGUCGCAGACCAUAUGCUCCAGGCCGCUAUCGAGAGAGACAGCCAGGAGCGCGAUAUGACACCAAGCAGCCAAGUGGCAAGCGAGUCAGGCAGCCCGGAUUCCAGGCGUGGCUCUCAGCGCAAGCGCAAAAGCAACCAAAGAGUCACUAUCCAUGAGCUGCGGGAUGGCACUCGUUACACCGAGGUCGGUUCCCCGAACAGUCGAAGCAGCAGUGUUCACGAGUUACGUGAUGGCACUUUGUAUGCCAAUAUUUGA